AUUAAUAUUAUACAAGAUGCCGCACUCAUGAGUGAACAAGUAUAUUUCGUUACAGUAUGUCACUAUUAUUUAGAGCAUCAUUUAUUAAAAGAGAUAAACGAUGACAAAGAAGAGAAAGGUCAAAUCAGUUGGGAAACAUUUAAAGUAAACUAU